AUGCAUAGACGACAGUUUUUCCAAGAAUAUCAUAGUCCUCAGCAGCAGCAGGGACACCCACCAAGGUCAGAAUACCAAGUUCUCGAAGAAAUCGGGAGAGGUUCAUUCGGGUCUGUACGAAAAGUCAUCCAUAUACCUACCAAGAAACUCUUGGUUAGAAAGGAUAUCAAAUAUGGUCAUAUGAACAGCAAAGAGAGACAACAGCUGAUCGCCGAAUGCAGCAUUUUGUCGCAGUUGAAGCAUGAAAAUAUAGUAGAAUUUUAUAACUGGGAUUUCGAUGAACAAAAAGAAGUAUUGUACCUUUAUAUGGAGUACUGUUCUAGAGGUGAUUUAUCCCAAAUGAUUAAGCACUACAAACAGGAACAUAAGUACAUACCAGAAAAAAUUGUAUGGGGUAUUCUGGCCCAGUUAUUGACUGCACUGUAUAAAUGUCAUUAUGGUGUCGAAUUGCCAACUUUGACCACAAUAUACGACCGAAUGAAACCACCAGUAAAGGGCAAAAACAUUGUUAUCCAUCGUGACCUAAAACCAGGAAAUAUAUUCUUAAGCUAUGAUGACAGCGAUUACAGUCUGAAUGAAGAAGUAGAUGGUCACGAUGAAGUAAACAGUAAUUAUUACAGAGAUCAUAGAGUAAAUUCAGGCAAAAAGGGGAGCCCUAUGGACUAUAGUCAAGUUGUGGUAAAACUAGGUGAUUUUGGGUUGGCCAAGUCUCUAGAAACUAGUAUUCAAUUUGCCACUACAUAUGUCGGUACACCAUAUUACAUGUCGCCUGAAGUGUUGAUGGACCAGCCAUACUCCCCCUUAUCUGAUAUCUGGUCACUAGGUUGUGUUAUUUUUGAGAUGUGUUCGUUGCAUCCCCCAUUCCAGGCAAAAAAUUAUCUGGAGCUACAAAAUAAGAUUAAAAAUGGGAAGUGGGACACUGUCCCUGAGUACUACUCUAGAGGGCUUAACGCCAUAAUACAUUCAAUGAUAGAUGUAAACUUAAGGACCAGGCCUUCCACUUUUGAAUUGCUGCAAGAUAUUCAGAUACGAACUGCAAGGAAGUCGUUGCAAUUAGAAAGAUUCGAAAGAAAGUUACUGGACUAUGAAAAUGAACUGACAAACAUUGAAAAAAUCCUUGAGAAGCAAGCUAUGGAAUAUGAAAGAGAACUGAAUCAAUUGAAGGAUCAAUUUACACAGGCAGUGGAGGAGCGAGCCAGAGAAGUAGUGAGCGGUAAGAAAGUUGGUAAAGUUCCAGAAUCUAUAAACGGAUAUUACGGCAAAAAAUUCGCCAAACCUGCAUACCACUGGCAAACAAGAUAUCGAUAA